UCCCACGACGUUGUGUGGUGCUCGAAUCACCAUGUACCAACCAAGUUCGAGUGCGGCAGCCCGCUGUCGUGGCCACGGCCGGUCGAUCGGUUAGUACAAGAAGGCCGCGGCCUGUGCAAGGAAGUAUGUCCUUUCCUAGUAGACUAGUUUUACGCAUCAAAACCUCGUCAUGCACGCCGCCAGCAGCCUGGUUGGCGCGUGGCAACGCGGCGAGGGCGAGCGUGGUGGCGGCGCGGGAGGCAGGAGCAUGAAGCACGGCACGGCACUGCUCGUGGCGGCGUUGCUGCUGUGCCGCGCAGCGCUACCCGUGGCGGCGGAGGCGAUCCACUCGUCCCGCCGGACCACCUCCCCAGAUCACGCUACGCUGCCCCGUCCGCACUGCGACGACACCACCACCUCGUCGCCGCACGGCCGCUUACUGGAGGAGCAGGGCGCAACCGUUGCACUCGCCGACGGCCUGGAACCCGUAGGCGCCGGCCAAGGACGCACCGACGCCGGUGCAGGCGCCGGCCAAGGACGCACCGACGCCGGUGCAGGCGCCGGCCAGGGACCCACCGACGCCGGUGCAGGCGCCGGCCAGGGACCCUCUGACGCUGAUCGGAGCGCGGCCGCCGCUGAUGCCGGCAAGAGGCAUGGCGGAAGGAGCGCGGAGGCAUUGUGGGGCGUGCGCAUGCGCGAGCUGGUGCUGUGGCGCGCCGCCAAGUUCCAGAUGAAGGCGCGCGACGCCUUGGCACACAUGGCGGCCGGCAAGGCCGCGGCGGCAGUGGCGCGAGGGCGGGCUGCGGAGCUGCGGAUGGCGGGGACAGGCGCGGAGGAGGCAUGGCGCAACAUGGCGCGCGAUUGCGAGGAACAGAUGGGCGUGGCAUGGGAGAGCGUGGAGGAGGCGGCGGGCAUGGUGGAGCGGGGCGACGAGGACGUGAAUGUGCCGCGCAUCCACCUCACCACCGCCGCCACGCUCGCCCUCGACUGCGCCGAGGGAUUCGACCUCUUCGCGCCGGGCAGCUCCAGCGACGCCCGCGUGCUCGCGCUGCAGCAAGCGGCGAUGGACAUGCGCGCGUCGCUGAUGGAGUCGCUGGCGCAAGCGGCGGACAUGGCGGACAUGAUCGCCGCAGGCGACGACACCACUGCCGACGCCCUGCCCUCGCCCACGCGCCGCCGCCUGCUGCAGUCCACCGCUGCCAGAGCUGAUGGCUCUGCCGGCCCCACCACCACUGGCGACGGCACCGCUACUGCCGUCACCGUGGCCGACCCCCACAACUCCAUUCCCGUCACCACUCCUGGCACCGACACGGCCGCCAACCACACGGCCAAGGCUGCCGCGCCCUUCAACGUCAGCGAGCACUCAACCCAUCGUGGCGGCCCAAGCCCCUCCCCACCUCCUUUCCCACCUCCCUCCCCUCCUCCCCCUUCGCCUCCCCCCCCUUCCCCACCUCCCUCCCCUCCUCCCCCUUCGCCUCCCCCCCUUCCCCACCUCCCUCCCCUCCUCCCCCUUCGCCCCCCCCCCCUUCCCCACCUCCCUCCCCUCCUCCCCCUUCGCCUCCCCCCCCUUCCCCACCUCCCUCCCCUCCUCCCCCUUCUCCUCCACCUCCUUCCCCUCCUCCCUCUCCCCCUCCCCCUUCCCCUCCCCCUCCUUCCCCUCCCCCUCCUCCCCCUUCGCCCCCUCCCUCCCCGCCCCCAUCGCCUCCCCCUCCUCCGCCACCACCCGCCCCGCGCAUCACCCCCACUGUGACCGUGGCGAAGGAUGGCUCGGGGAACUUCCUCACAGUGCAGGCGGCCAUCAGAGCAUACCCGCCGGGCUUCAGGGGGCGGUUUGUGGUGUUUAUCAACCCGGGCAACUACACUGAGAAGGUGGCCAUCAACUCCACGUGCAAGAACGUGACGCUCAUGGGUCUCAGCGCGGCCACCACCACCAUCUCGUGGAACGACAACGUGGCUGCCGGCAACGGCAUGGGCACCUUCGCUUCUGCCACUGUCGCCGUGGACGCCAGUGGCUUUGCAGCCUUCGGCAUUCGCUUUGAGAACACGGCGGGAAAGGCAGGCAGCCAGGCAGUGGCGCUGAGGCAGACAGGGGACAACGCUGCCUUCUACGAGUGCGAGUUCAUUGGCUGGCAGGACACGCUGUACGUGCAUGGCGGGCGGCAGUACUAUCGCAACUGCUACGUGAACGGGUCGGUGGACUUCGUGUUUGGCAACGGUGUGGCCGUGCUGGACAACUGCACCUUCCACAUCCGCCCGCACAGCAACGCGCCGUUGACAGCGUCGGCGCGCACCAACUACACGGAGAACACAGGCAUCGUCAUCCUCAACUCCAACAUCCAGGGCGACCUCGUCAACAAGGCCUUCCUGGGACGGCCCUGGAGGGCCUAUGCGCGCGUGGCUGUCAUCAACACCACCAUCAGUAAUGUGCUGAACACCACUGGCUGGCUGGACUGGUCGGGCACCGUGUACAAUACGACGACUUACAUCGAACAAGGCAACACUGGGCCGGGCUCUACUGGGCCGCGCAUUGCAUGGGCGCUGCCGGGCAUUGUGAGCGACCCCGCCCUCGUGGCCAUGUACUACCCUGAUCGCUUCCUCACGCCCUUCGCCAGCAUCCUCGACCUCAUCCCCUUCCCCUGGACUUGACUCCACACACCUGCCAAGCCAAGGCUUCCCUUGUGGACAGAGGAGAUGUGGGGGCUUCCGCUAAGUAUGCACAACAAAUUCCAGUAAAGAAGGGCAUGGUGUGGUCCUACAACCGGGGAGACUUAGGGAUCGUAUAAUGUUGCUGCUUUAUUCCUGAAGCCUGUUGUUGUGUUAACAUUACAGUAUCCACCUGGUGUUGUGAUUUAGGAAGUGUCUAUCAGAAUGAAUAAGUGAACUAGAAUGUGCGAGUACAAGGGUAUA